ACAAGAUCUAGUGGGUUUAAUAUGAACAUGAAAGUUUGAACCUACAAAACUUUAUUCAAAAUUUUGGUGGAGAUCCCAAAGUUUCAAAAGAUACACCAAAAAAUGCCAGAACGCAUUUUUAAGAAAUCUGUAUGACAUUUCAGAAUAUUAUGGGAUUAUGCCGCUAUUAAAAACAAACAAACAUAAAAUGAUUAUGCUCUGCGUGAACAUUAUUUAAGCGGAUGGAGAUGCUGCAAUUGUCAACAAUGUUAGCUCAUGGGCAGGCAAAAGUAAGAAAAUAGGAAAUUACUGAUAUUCUGAAGGGAAGUAGAAGGGUACGACACAUGUAAGUAGCACAAAUAUAAUCAAAUAACAAAUUAAGGUUGAAAGCUAUACACAGCCUGUAGAGUAAUGCAAUAAACAUAUUGCAUGUGCAAAACCAACCGUACACUUUCCACAUCAAAGUUAUAGUAGAUAUACAUUGAGUGCUUUUAUGCAUUUUCAUUUGUGUAUACUAUUUAUUUAUAAGGGGUAUUAAUAAUGCAUAAUGUACAAAUAAUCUGAAAUAAUGUAAAGGGGAUGUUCUUCAACCUGAAUUUACAUGAAUCAAUGUAAUGAUAAUAAUGUAAGGAUGUAUGUGGCUGAUGAUUAAAUGCAGACAAAGAGAGAAACAGCGCCCUCUGCUGUCUAAAUCCAACAUUGCUUGGCGACAUAGCCUGUAGGUACGUCAUCAUAAGGCGACAACAUCGCUCUUCUUUUUAUGUUCAGAGGCUAAUGUUGACCAUAAAGCUCCACAUGUGUUUAUCAAAUGCGAGAAUAUGAGUCGUUGAAUUACAAUAAUUAAUCCUAGAGGCAAUUCUUAUCUUAAGAGUACUAGUUUUCUAUAAUAUAUAGAGUAAAAACAACCGGAAGUCGUUUGUAAACACAUGACGCAGUCGCGUCUGAUACUCAACUAUGCCAAAACUCUUUGACAUAAAGUUUCCAGGAGAAUGUAAGACUCUCCCCGACGGCUUUUGGUCGGCAGUGGACGUGUGGAUAAAGAAACCUCACGUUGUAAACAAGCGUCUCUGCGGGGUGAAGGUGACGGAGAGCAAAGACGAGGGCGCAGAGGCUCUGCGGUUCCUGCUGGAUGAAGCUGCUCUCGCGGACGAGGUGCUGCUCUUCACCGCCGGCGGAGUGUCCCCGGCACUGACGCACGAAGAGGCAAAACCCUGGUCCUCUAUUGUCAAAACGGUUAUUCCCAAAGUGAACAGUUAUGGGACAAACCUGCACAAAGAGGUGAUACUCAAAGACUUUGACAGACAACUAGUGACCUUUCUUCCAUUUGAAGAGGAUUCACAAGGACAGGUGUCUCUGAAGAGGGGCAACAUUCAUCAGUUCCAGCUCCGCCAUCAGGACUGUGAGGAAUGGACCCUGGAGCUGCAUGUUUUGGCCUCAGACGCCUGGUUCUCGGACGGCGUGGCCUACCCAAAGCUGCCCUGGAUGUCCACUGACCUGAUGCCGAAACUGGUGCGCUGGGCCACCGAGUGCAAGAGCAGUGAGUUCAAGAGCACCUUGUCCCUGCUGCCGGUGGAGAAGUACAGCGUCAUGUACCAGCAGCUGAAGGAGAAGUACAAGGCCCUGGUCAAGAUCUGGCCUGAGGUUACAGAUCCUGAGAAAUUUGUCUAUGAGGAUGUCGCCAUAGCUACAUAUCUCCUCGUGCUUUGGGCUGAGGAGCGAGCGGAGAAAGGUCUGACCGCCAGACAGUCCUUUGUGGACCUGGGCUGUGGAAACGGCCUCCUGGUCCACAUACUGGCCAAUGAAGGGCAUCCUGGAAAGGGGAUCGAUGUUCGGAAGAGGAAGAUCUGGGACAUGUACGGCCCCCAGACUCUGCUCGAGGAAAAGGCAAUUACUCCUGGCGAGAGCUUCUUAUUCCCGGGUACGGACUGGCUGAUUGGGAACCACUCGGACGAGCUCACACCAUGGAUCCCCGUUCUAGCUGCCAGGUCGUCCUAUUCGUGCCGGUACUUCGUCCUCCCUUGCUGUUUCUUCGACUUCUACGCCAAAUACCAGAGACGCCAGUGCAAGAAGUCCCAGUAUAAAGAAUACAUCGACUUCAUCACGGAGGUCAGCCAAGUCAGUGGCUUCAACGCGGAGGAGGACUGCCUGAGGAUCCCAUCCACCAAGCGGGUGUGUCUGGUGGGGAAGUCGAGAAACUACCAGCAGUGCGACGAGGCCGAGGCCGAGCUGCGAAGAGCCCGUUACAUCCGGAGCCACCAGUCCCCCUCCGCGAGAAGGUCAGGCGGCGCGACCGACGGGGACGGUUGCCAAGGGAACAAAGACACCGACGGGACCCCCGACGGCAGCUGGGGGGCGGGCUUCCAGCCCAGAGACCGGGUUGAAGCGGUUCGAAACUGCGCCGCCCUCCCGCGGGACGUCGUCGACGGCGUCGUCCUGCAGGUCGCCAAUGUUCUCCUGGGAAUGACGGAAGAUGGCGGCGGGGAGUCCGCCGGCGACUGGAAUCAAGGAGGCAGCCUCUCUGUGAGCGAGGUCGCCGGGCUGUUGGUGCAGGAAACCCUGCAGCUCCUGAAGAAGGAGUGCGGAGGCCUUCAGACGCUGCUCAAGAACAACCACCAGGUCUUUCGAGUCGAAGGAGGAAGGGUGUUCAUACGAGACUGGCGGGACAGGAAGUCCUCCAGGGCGGAUACCAAGAGGAAGCCUGUUGCCCCCGGGGCCAUGAAAACUCGCCCCUGCUGGUUCUAUGACCACCACCGGCAGCGCUGCCCCCUGCAGGCCGAACACUGCGCCUUCGCCCACGGGCCGGAUGAGCUGCGACCCUCCACCAGACCUGUGAAGAAGAUGAGAACCGACGCCUUUUGAUUGGCUCGUUGCUCAGGAACACUUCAGUUGAACUCGUUUAGUGCGUUGUUUUCAUUGCGCGUCUACUUUUCUGAUCGACGGUAUUCAUUCUGUCCAUUCGACCCUCGUCAGCCACGAGGAGGAAGUACAGGUCCGAGCAGCGUGACGCGUCGGCAUGAAUACAAAGUUUCUGGGAACUCGAGUCUCGAAGGUUCUCUCUCUCGUCUGUGCGAGGACGCCAACAUGUUGAUGCUUUCUGUCGCAGCUUUCUCUUUCAUCGCUGAUUCUUUUUUUAUUUUAUGAAAUUGUACACUUCCUGUAUAUUAAAGUGUAUUUCAAGCUGCAGCCUUUUAUGUACUUAUUUAAAGAUGAUCAACUCUU